UGCCUCACCACUCAUUAAGCUGCAGGAGAACACAGCUGACUGCUUCGUUUUCAUUCUGAGUAGCAGUUUAAAUGUUUGAAUUUUUAAGCUUGUAUUAAAAGUGAAACUGCAGUGUGUUCUGUUGGGAAAAUUAAACAAGAGAUGAGAUGUAAUAGUUACUUAGCCAAUAAUCAGCAAUGGAGACACCUGUUGUCGAACUGGUUGACUGUUCUCCCUUCCUGUGCUCCUUUCAGCAUAACAAAGCAGCAGUGAAACUGAAGGAAGAUAUGAAAAAGCUAAUGUUACUGCAGCAGCCACUGGCCAAGCUCAAGGAAACUAACCCUGGCAAGGUGUUUGGAGUCUCUCUUCUUGAUCUUCAACUACAAGGGCAGACAAAAGACAAAAUCCCUUCUGUUGUAUGGCAUAUGGUGGAAUAUUUGAAAGAGAAUGGACUAAUGCAGGAGGGUCUUUUUAGAGUGAAUGGUAAUGUGAAGGUGGUAGAGCGACUGCGCUUGAAAUUUGAGCAGGGAGAGCAUGUGGCACUUGUUGGAAAUGCUGACGUGACUUCUGUUGCAAGCCUCCUCAAACUGUUUCUCCGAGAACUGCCAGACGGGGUGAUCACAUCAUCAUUACACCAGCAACUUAUGAAUCAUUAUCAGGGUGGUUGCAACCAGCAAGACAGAAUACAUGCCAUGAAGGGUGCACUGAAGCAGCUUCCAGAACCCAACUACUACCUCUUAAAGUAUCUCUGCCAUUUUUUGACAGAAGUAUCCAAGUUUCAGAAUGAGAACAAGAUGACCAUUUAUAAUCUUGCCACAGUAUUUGGACCAAAUAUUUUUCAUGUAUCUCUGGGGAUAGAAGGAAUGAAGGAACAACAUAUCUGUAACAAGAUCACAAUGGAACUGUUAGAAAACUACAGUGUCUUUUUUGAGGAGGAGAAAACUGACACUGGAUUAAAAGACAAAAUCAGAGUAAUUGAAGUCAAAGCAGCUACUUUAGAGUCACCUGUACCGAUCAUAUCAAAUGACAGCAGUAUCAGUAUGCCAGAGCCCUUGCCAAGAAGAAAGAGGGUAGCAAGUGUGGAGUCACCAUCACCCAUAAUAUCAAAGGACAACCACUUGGAUAUGCCGGAGCCUUUGCCAAGAAGAAAGAGGGAUUCUAAUCAUGAACCAGAGCAGCCUUUAAUAACAGUAACAGAGUCAGCAACAGAGGCAUCACAGCUAUUGCCAAGAAGAAAAAAGCUACCCAAGACAAAGGAUGAAAGUUCGGUCAAGCGCUCACUUUUGCUACGGCCAGAUAUCUCUGCUGCGGUUCCCCAGUCUCAAGUUGGAUUAGAUGCAGAGCAUGAAUACAUCCUGGAGGAAACAGAUUUUUCACACAAGAUAAACUUGACUCCGGGCAUCCAAGAUUCUGCAGUCAGCACUCAGGAAGAGGAAAGACCAAUGUCACCGUUCUACCUUGGUGCUCAUGUUUCACCUGUCAGCAGUCUUUCAACAUCAGAAGAUUGUAGCUUCUUGGAGAAGACAAUUAGGUCGGCAGUGGAGCAACAUCUUUUUAACGUGAACAAUAUAGGAGGCCAGAACUCAGAAGACACAGAGUCCAGAACCACUCCUACUUCUCCAGUUUUAUCUUCCAGGCAGAGAAGGCGGUAUCUGAAGGAACAAGAGGAAGCAAAAAGAAGUAAAAACAUGGAGGACAUCAACAAGGAGAACAUCCCAUCAGAUGAAGGAAAACUAACAGUGCAAGAAGUUGACAAGAAAUUAGGAGAUAAUGGCUCUGGUUACCUAGAAGAAAGAAUGAAGCCAAAGCGUCACAAUCCCAUCUGUAGAUUGUCAGAACUUAGUAAAAACCAAGACAAUGUUGUGGAAGUGAUUACGUCUUCUAAAAUUGCAGAUAACCAUAGCCCUGAUGACAGAGAAAUUUUGAGUGAUGACAGGAAUGAAAGUGAAGAAGAUGGUGAUUUGCUAAGGUUUUCUCUGAUUUCCAAGAUGAAGAUUCAGGAGAAACAGAGCAGCCAAGACACAUUGAAGAGCCAAAGAAUCCAGGAUACUAGCCUUCUGGAUGAGAAUUUAUUUCCUGAAGUUCCUCGAUUGGACUUGACAGGACUUACUGAAGAUAACUUACGAGAUCCUGUUCCAGCUAUGCCCUCAUGGCAGAGAAGCAACACAGAUUCAGAUGAAGCUUGCCUGUCUCCACAGCCUGGUCGCCUGAUUCGCCAGCUACUUGAGGAAGACAGUGAUCCAAUGUUGUCUCCUAGAUUCUAUGGCUAUGGUCACAGCCAACAGUACUUAGAUGAUACAGAAGUGCCUCCCUCUCCUCCAAAUUCACACUCCUUCAUGAGGCCACGGAGUUCAUCUCUUGGAUCCUGUGAAGAUGAUACAGAAGACCUGACACCAAUUCAGAUGACAAGAAAAAUCCAGAGUUUAAAGAAAAAGAUUCGGAAAUUUGAGGACAAAUUUGAAGAGGAAAGAAAGUAUCGGCCCUCUCAUAGUGAUAAAGCGGCAAAUGGUGAUGUACUGAAGUGGUUGAAUGAACUGGCUAAACUCCGAAAACAGUUGAAAGAUAACAAACUCAAAAAAUCCGAGGAAGACCUGGCUCCUCAGGUACGCCAGCGUAGUAACACUCUUCCUAAAAGCUUUGGGUCUCGGCUUGAACGAGAACAAGAGAAACAACAAGAGGCACUGGAAAAAGCUAUGAAGCCCGCUACAGAAGCAACGCUGGAGUCCAUUCAAAAGAAACUGCAAGAUAAAAGGACUGAGAUGGCCCGGCCAGAAGAUAUUAAGGAGAUGACAAGGGACCAGAUUGCGGAAGAAAAGGUAGCCCUCCAGAAGGCUCUGCUGUAUUACGAAAGCAUUCAUGGAAGACCAGUUGCAAAGAAUGCGCGCCAACUUAUGAGGCCAAUGUAUGACAGAUACCGGCUGGUUAAGCAGUUGCUAGCCAGAACAACAGCAAUCCCUAUUAUUGGAUCCCCCUCCAGCAAACGAAGAAGCCCUUUGCUGCAACCAAUUAUCGAGGGUGAAACAGCUUCUUUCGUCAAGGAAAAAAAGGAAGAGGAAGAUGGCUCAGAGGAUGACAGCAAAGUGAAUACUGAUUUUGCAGUCACCAUGAAACCAGGAUUCAGUGUUCGUAGUUUCCUGGACCAAAUUGAUGAUGAUGCUGAUGGUUUUGUAUCACCAGUAGAUGACCAAAUGCCUUCAAAGAUUAAUGUGGAUAUGGGACUUUCACAUCUACAUUCUGCAUCCAUGCCUGAACUUUUAGAGCAGCUUCAAGAUGCCAGGGAAGACAAGAAACGUAUUAGAAAGAAACUGCGAGAAUUUGAAGAUAAAUUCUUAAGACAGAAUGGAAGAACUGUACAGAAAGAGGAUCGUACACCAAUGGCUGAAGAGUAUAUAGAGUACAAACAGAUAAAGGCAAAGCUGAAGCUACUGGAGGUUCUUAUUGGUAAGAGAAGCCCUUCAAAGACCUUGUAAGCAACAGAAUUUCCAGGCAUGGAUCUGGGAGCAGCAGAAGACGAUGGCUGGAAUAGAAAAGGAUGAUGACCUGAAAGAGAGUAUCGGCAACCAAAAGCACUCCCAUGGAGAAAGCUGUGGUUCCUUGGGACUGGCACAGCACCCCAAAUUGUGCAUUUUUCUGUCCAUUCUACACCUCCGGAACAGUCAUCAGAAGAGGUGCUGUAGGAGUAAGGAUAACACAAAAUAAUCCUGCAUGUGCUACAAGAUGGCGUGGACUUUUUACUGAAAAGUUUUUAAGUGAAUGAGCUGUGUUACCUGUCAGCAAAGAGAACUUACUGUUCACAUCUUCUUUGCUCAACACAAAUUUUAUUAGAUUGUGUCUUCUCAGCAACAUUACACAAUUUGCCUUUCUAAUCUGCACUUUUGUUGUACAGGUAACUGAAAGAAUGAUUUUGGAGUCUCAUUUUUGUCCCCUCAGAACUGACAUUUGACAGUUUUUUAAAUCUUGUGUCUUUUAAAACAUGUAUCUGUCUUUGGCUAACAAAAUGAUUACACACUCUGCUAGCUUUGUUUGUGCAUCUUGCUAGAACUAUACUAGAAGAAACUCUUCCCAGUCAGCAUUAUAAUUGGUCAUCCUCAGUACUGUUUGGUUCAGUAAAUCUAGUGUACUGUAGUAAGUAGAUAAUAAACACAAGCUGUACCCUGCCUGGGGAACAGUUAAAAGGUACUAGUGCAGGUUUAACCUGCAUUAAAAUGAUAGAAAUGGCUACACUGCAUUUUUGCAGUUAAUAUUUUAUGAAUUUUCGUAACACAUGGGCAAGGUGAAUUCUGUGAAGUGUCAGGAUCAACAGGUUUGUUUCACUAUAUGCUUUUUUGUCUUUCUUGACUUUCCUUUAAAACACUGCGACAUUAACUACAGGAUGCAUUUUACAAUGUCUUCCCAGUUAAAUUUGGUUACAGUAUAAGGAAUAUAACAAUAAUAGUUUCUUUGCAGAGUCCAUGUUACAGCAAGAGAGACUGAUAGAAUUUCAUGUAUCAUUAUGACCUGUUUUAGAAAGAAUGCUAGAUACCAAAGAGGGACUGGGAUGGUGCUGAAACUGGAGGGUUAUAUAACUGUGUGGAUGAAAAAACACAGGCUUCAUCAUUUUGUGCAUGUUUUCUAGUCUGUCACUGGUAGCUCCUGUUUUUAUUAAAUAUGCAUUACAAGAAUGUUGCACUCAGGGUUAGAUGAUUUGGUGUUAUUUAUGUAUUUUACCAGUUUGAAUGGGGGGUGGUGCUCUGUAUCAUCCCCCCUUUUCUUAGUAUGUGAUUAUACUCACAAAAAGCCCAAACCAGAACAUUUAAAAGAAAACCCUAUAGCUCAGUGUGUUGUAGAAAAUGCCUUACUUAAAUAUUGCAGCUCUACCUAAAAUGUUCAAUUGUCGUGGAUGUAUGUAGCCAAGGUCAUCAUGUAAAGUGAGUGAGUACCAGUUUUUGUGGCAAAGUCAUAUAGUAAGUAAUUGCACUGUAUGCCUGAGAGUUUGUUUUUGUUUUAAAUGUAAUACUUGCAACUUGAGUACAUCUUUGUGCUGCAUAAACUAGAGAUUAAUUUGUAGAUUUUUAACUGGUCUGUAGUAUAUUUUAGUCAUAACAUUGACUCUCAAUUUUAAAUGGAAGACUGAUACGGUUCAUUUUUCAGGAAUUUCUUGAAUGCCUGUUUGUGUUUUAUGGUCAUUAAUUAUUGUGACAUUUUUGAAGCCAUGCUUAUAUGGCACAUUCUUGUUUACAGCUUGUGAACAGACAGUCUAAUGUUCAUAUUCAUUUCUGCCAGCAUGUCGUGCCUCUAAUCAUGUUAAAAACAACAGAAAAAAAAAACACAGUACUAGAAGUCUCACCUGCAGAAUGGCACACAGUAGCAUAACUAAGUAGUAUUAGUAAUUUCUCUUGAGUAAAAACAAAAAUUUCCAGUUACUCUACAGCAGAAUAACAUCAGAGGUCUUAUGAUGUAGCAUUAUUAGUUUGUUGUAUUUUUUGAUGUGCUGCAUAAAUGUAUGUUUUUUUUUUUGACAAAGGUAUGCUGGCUACCACGUGUAUUUAAGUAUGAAUCUGUGGUUGUGUGUCAUGGUCUGUCCAUGUGGGGAGUUAAAUGAGAUCAUUAUGCAGGCAGAACAGUAAAGCAUUACAAUAGCAUAGGAUCAUUACCCAAAAGAUAAUGCCCCUGCAGAAAAACAAUGCCUUUAUAGGUACUCUGAACUGUCAUCCACUGGAUUGCACGAGAACUAAAAGUGGAUGGGUGUAUAUGAUCUGUUCUCCUGUGUUGUUAAUGUGCUGCCCUUCACUUUACUAACAUUUGUUUUUCUGUAAGCAAAACAAUCUGAUGAAAUUUUUAAGUGAAUGUAACAAACAAGGGGUUUUGGUCCAGCAUUCUGAAAUUCAGCUGACUGCAUAAAUGUUCAUUUGGGGCUGACAGCAAAGAUUUAAGCACUCUUAUUUCUAGAAAUUGAUACGAUCUGUUAUUUUUCAGGAGAUUUAUGAAACCUAGCAGUAUUUUAAGUUGUGAUGUUAGUUUCGCUGUCCAUGUUUCAGGUUAGGCAAAGUUAACUGAAAGGCAACUAUUCACAUCCCAUUUUGAAAAUAGAGUCCAUUAAGUAGCAUUGUCUAAAAACAUGCACCAUGCAAAUCCUUCACCUUAAAGUUUGCAUAAUAAAAAGGAAUUGCACUCUGUUUAACUCAAAGCUACGCAUUUCAUAUUCACACACACACACACACACACACAUACACACACACACACACACACACACACACACACACACACAGUGUUGUGGGGGUAGAGGCUAACCUCAGUCACAAAAAAAAGUAAAAUAAAAUUAAAUACACCACACACACACACCUUUCUCUGAGAACACAACUUCCAGAAAUGUUUUACCACUUUGUCUCACACAUUCUUAUAACGUAGUGUAACACUAAGUGUCUUGAUAUUCACACCUCUGACCACUUGCACUUUGGUAACUGUGGUUUGGUAACAAUUAAACAUUUGUCAUUGUUAUUUUGGUAACAUUUAAUCAGAUGAACUGUGCUUUGGUCAUUUCUAUUCUGCUUUACCCUACUAAAGGAUUUCCUAAGGGAUUUUACUGAAAUGGAUAGAAUCUUCAAGCUAUGCAGUGUGAUACUUUAUAAAACGGGUAGUUGUUUUUUGGCUGUCUAAUUUGCUACUAACCAUACUUUAGAAUUAGUGUAAUACUUUUAGAAACAAACUCAGCCUGAUACAUCUGAGUAUGUAAUAAGAUGAGGCUAGCAAUCUAGAGGUAUACACUAGACUGCUUUCAUAUUUGACUUGAGGAUUUAGAUGCCCGUGGAUGUUAGCAUUGUAUCCUACUAGCCAUGCACCCUAAUACAUUCUCUCAUGCCUUAUUGCUUAUAAAAUAUCCUUUUGCAGGAUACUUUUACGAAUAAUAAGUGUGCGUGUGUGAAGGCUGGUUUGUUUACUGGUUCACAACUCCUUCUGGUAAGGAGGUCUGAUAGCCCCAUCAAGGAGAACUUCUAUUCUGAGGCCAAAUUUGGGUUGACAGCCCACUGCACAUUGUGGCAGCACUAGAAGGUAUGUUACAUUUAUACACAAGAACCCUUUCAGUGCCUUGAGUCCUCACAUGAAUCCAUUUAUUAACACUUGGCCUGUGUGGAUGCUUUUUUUUCUUUGUGAUGUCUGAUUCCGUUUCUGGAGACCAUCAAACCUUCUCAACUUGAGCAUGACUCAUUCAUUCUGUUACUUGGGAAUUUCACUCAGGAUCAAGGUCAGAGCCCUCCAGAGUGAGGACCAUCAGUCAGGCAGCCAUGAGGUCUUGUUAUGUGUUAGUGAUAUCACAUCAGUGAGGGCAUUUCUUAAUGGGCUAAUUCCAUACCUAGGCAAUGGUAUGUGCAUUCCAUGUCAUUGUCACUGCGACAGUGCAUGCUCCCCUCCCCCCAGGAUAGGCACACCAGUCCUCACCUGCCAGCUCUGUCAAGUGCAUGAGCUGCUAAAUGACCUUGGGUUACCUGGGAUGCAGUCAGGACUUUAUCCAUCUACUCCAUUGCAUUUCAGAGUUGCUCUUUCUAGCUAGAACAUGGCCAGUAUCUGAGUCACCCUCAUGGCUUCAUCAUUCUUAUGGUUUGUGCAGGAGAGCCAAAUGGUUGGUGCCUUGAGUUACACCACUGGACAUUAGUUACUAAGCUGGAGAAGCUGUAAUAGUAAAAUUUGUUUGUGAUUUUAAAAUAAGAGUUAGAUAACCAGAUAUUAAACACAUUUAACAUGUUGCCAUAGCCUGUGGACUUCAUAUUAUAAAAUGUAAAUUUCUUCGCUGCAUGCUUUGUCUUCUUUUGUUGCUUCACCCUGAGACACUUGCCGAUGCAAAAUAUUUAUGAUCAUUUUUCUGGCAGAAAACAUAGUCCUGUAGAAAGGAUAAGUGUUUGAAAAAGUUUAAUGUAAAAGAUGAUGGGGUAUUUGAAAACAAGAUGCAUGAUCCAAAAAGUCACGAGUAAUAUUUUUAGUGAAUGAUAUAGUAAGUAAGUAUGCUUUAGUAAGCGGAUAUAUUUUUGCCUUAUGAAACUCGACAUGAACUUCUAAAGAUUUAAUAAUCUGUUUAAAAAGGAAGAUAUUGCAUUUAGCACUAGUUAAAACUAUGCGGUUUUAUCAGAACUGAAGAAAGCACAUUUCUUUUCAUUAAUUUAUCCAGGUUGGUUAUUCAAAAUUGUUCAAAAGGCACAAUUUUAAGCAUUGGAAUUGUAUUUAUAUGAGGAUCCCUACAAAAUGUCAUUCAUCAUUGACAAUUCGUGUGACUGAAGUGCAGAUUUCAAAUGCAUCUGCAUUAAUGUCUUUGAUGAAAGUUUGCUUUUGAGCUGUUGUAAACAUACAUAUUUUACAAGGAGCAUCACAGUGUGUGAGCUAUGCUUCUGUACCCUUUACAUAUUUAUUCUCAUUCCAGGCUCUCUGAUGGCCUUGGAGGUGAGUGCAGUGCUGUUUUUCAGUAAAAUGAGUAUCAUGUUUAUUUUUAAGUCUGUGAACCGUGUGAAAAUAAUAAAGUUGUGGGAUGGGUACAGCAUGGUUUGCUAUCCUGCAUAACUUAAUAGGAAGACUGUGAGAAGUUCGGCAAAUAAGUUUUAAAAUCAUUAUGCUGUUCCACUUCAUAGCGUUAGAUUAUUUCCCUUUGAUUGCUGAUAUUGUUGGAAAAUGCAAUGUGGUCUUGUAGUUAUGCAGUUUGGGACCACUAGGCUGUAUCUACUCCAUGUUAUAGAACCUUGUAUAAAUGCCAUUCAUAAGACUUGCGGUAGAAAGUUAGUUUUAGCUUACCCUCUUACAAGUAAUGUAACAAGUCACAGUUUGUGGCACUCUUAAGAUACGGAAUAAGGCAGUGUUAUGCUUACGAUGAGAGUUGCCUGAGAAAGAACAAUUUAAAACAAAAAAAUCAUGAACCAGCAUUCCAUGAUUUCUCAUCAUUUCAGCUUUAGAACCUUAAAGCUGCAAAUCAUUAUUUUGUCUCAGCAUAUGCAGGCAAACUUUUAAAAAGCAUUUUGUUGAUACAAGUCACAGCCCUUGAUUAUGCAGUGAUUUGUUUGUGUUGGUGUUUGCUUUGCAUGUUGUGUAAUCCUAAAUUUCAUUGUCUUUAUUCCUGCUGUAAGUUCUGUAACGGCUAAGUGUAGCAGCUGCUGAAAUUCAAACCACUGGACAAAUUGAAUUAAUUGAUCAAAGAAGUUACCCACACACAUUUUACAUUUAUGUAAUAAUUUGUUCUUUGUGAUGUUAAAGGCCUCGUUGUAAAUUAAUGACUUGUUAAACCAGUGUAAGUUAUGUAGAUAAAGGAAUAAUUAGUAUGUUUUAAUGAUUGUAAAUUCAUACAAUAUAAUAAUGUGUACAUUUUUGUACAUGAUUUUUUUUACAUUAAAAAUGAUAUUUUUGA